AUGCGUCUUAAUUUCUCAUACGUUGCUCUUCUGUUGGUGGAAGCUGCCCAGCCAGCAUUCUGCGCCAACAACUUCAAACAGACUUUGUCAGACUUUGACGCGAUUGAAAAUACCGCUCUCGAGAGUUUGGCAAAGCGGUCGACAACUAUCAUAGGGGCCUUGCCGGCAGGCGUUGCAAACGUUGCUCAAGGAAUGGUCCGCCAUAUGCAGGAUACAAAGGGGGCUCUUAGAGUUGCUUACCAGAAAAAGCUACCUGCCGAGGAUGAGCGCCGGAUGGCGUCGACUUAUGAAAAUGUCGACAACGCCUUCAACGAAGCCAACAAUGCGCUUUCGGAGUAG